UCGACACAAGUUCAGGGAGGGUGGCAUAGUGUAUGGUCAAGCAACGAUAGGGCUAUUGAAGUUGUUGGUUAUGCCAUCCCAUUUCUCUGAAUGUUGCCACUAAAUAACUACCCAUGAUAAUUGGAACUCUUUGGUCUUGAAGUGGCACUGAAACUUGAAUACUAGCAGCGUUGAAGCUCAGACUGGGAGCCCUCUCAAGUGGGUUGACGUUAGUAACCGUGUGGAAUGGCAGCUCCCCGGCCCAUUAAAGGUAUUCUGAAGAACAAAAACAGCGGGGCGAGUAUAAAAAGGGCCCCCGAAGUCCCCGUGGAAAAUCCAGAGCAGGCAGCGCUGGGAAUAUUAGAGGACGACCAACAGAAGAAGUCGCAGAAAUGGGACGAAAUGAACAUUCUGGCAACGUAUCACCCAGCUGAUAAGGACUAUGGCUUAAUGAAGAUUGACGAGCCCAGUACGCCAUACAACCGGAUGCUGGGGGAUGAGGAUGACGAAGGGGCACUCAGUGACUCGGAUGGCAAUGCGGUCACGGUAGACGACCUCGCCAGAAAGUUGGCUGAGGCAGAAGGCACAGAACCUCGUUUCAUGAGAAAGGAGGAGGAGGAGGAGGAGGAGAGCAGUGAGGAGGAAGAGGAGGAACUCUCCGCUGAGGAGCAAGAGAAAAGGAAGCAGUUUCAGAUGAUGAGGAAGAUGCAUUAUAACGAAGGCCUUAAUAUUAAGUUGGCCAGACAGCUCAUCGCCAGUGAGCUGGAGGAAGACGAGGACGAAGAUGAGGAGAUGAGAGAUGACACUGAAACAGAAGACAUUAAUGUAGACCCACCUCAAGAUGCUGAUUCUCUGGAUUCUUAGAGGACGACACAGAGAAAUUUUGCACCUGGACUCAGCUCAUGAACCAUAGGCACGCAGAUGCCCUACCGGUCUUGGCUGACACCGUUUCAGGAACCCGCCGCCCCCCAAAACCCUUCCAUUCCUCAUGCAACCCACCAUCCCCGCCGAAAAAAUAUAGUCUGCAUUCUGUGAACUGCGCCAUGCAAAGCAUAUCAACUAUCGACCCCCCGCUGGACAGUCCUUGCUGCUCCCUCUGUUGCCGAAUAUCCGUCUCCCUGUCAUCACACUGUGGGGCGUGAGCUGAAGAGUUGUGCUCAGACUGUUCUCAUCAAGUGAUGGCCCGCCUCCCCUCCUCUCCCCUCCUCUCCCCUCCUCUCCUCUCCUCUCCUCUUCCCUCCCUUCCUUCGAGCCUACCCUCUUCCCCCCUCCAUCCAUGCGUGAGCACAGGAGUGCAUGCCCAAAGGCACACCCCUGGCAUCACCACACUCUGCCCAGCCUGAUCACUCGUGGCGCGCCAUGGUGUGACACUAGGCUUCAAUGUGUGCGUGUAAUGUUUACCCCUACCCGCCAGCUAUGUGUAACGCCUGAGGAUGCUCCUCCUGUGGUUAUGGGCAUGGUGUGGUCAGCCACCGAAUUGCCCAAAAACUAUCCCGCCAUCCAGCUUUUCAUAAAGCCACUUUUUUUUGUUUUCAAUGACCUGUGUACUACCCUGACUGUAAUCCUCAGCAUCAUGAUAGAUCCAUAGGCUGUCCCUGGUAACAUAACUGUGAUGUAUAGACACCGCAAAGAGGUAUUGAGGCUGCUUCCAGUGGGCAGGAAAUGGAUGAAAUACGGGCUUACCAAAGUGUAAUGCACUGAGAUCAAAUUUUGAAAUUAAAUGGCCUUCUCAGCAUGCUUGGUUAAAGUAUGAUGGAGAACUGCACAUUUUCUUUCCAGAGAAGAGUCAAGCACUACAGUAUAUGUUGUGUCGGUGUGUACAAAGGAACAAGUAAUGCAAUGCUUCAUAGCUUGACUACUACUGAUUGGUGAGACGGCAUCUCUGGAGUGUUAAUAGGCUACUGUUGAAUCUCCUGUUUCUCUGACACAACAGCUCCAGAUGGAUCAAUGCACAAGUGGCACAAUUCCUUGUCUUAUUCUUCAGCUUCUCUGAUUAGCUUGUCAGAAUUCAGAAUUCUAAAAUAAUACUGAUCUAUAGUAAUUUAUGUAGAGUAUCUAAAACAUUUUCCUCUUUUUAGUAUAUUCAAAAACUAAUACAAGGAACAAGACUCACAGUAUUUACAUACUGUCAGUGUAACAUGCUAUUCCCAAUUAGACUAGCGCUUAGAUCUUAUUGUUGUCACAAUGUUUUUAAUUGGACAACUAUAUGUUUUCAAUUUUGUUUUUUUGUUUUUUACAUAAGGCCUCUUACGGAGAUUCUACUUGUGCACAAAAAUAACCGAAUAUAUAAUUAAGUGAUGGCCUUGGAUAAAAAUGAACUUUUCCAUUAUCUGCUGCACCUCAAUGAUAACCUGCAGUAUAUAACAAAUUCACAUCUUACCUUACCAAGAAUUAUAUACACAGUUCUUCUAUGUGUACUUUCAAGGUAGUAUUUUUUUCACACUUGUCAUCCUUGGAUUCGAUUUUAGGUUUUUUGUGUGUGUGUUACUCUGCGUUUGAUUACAAUCAGAUGACAAGAGGUCAGAUGAGUGCUGGAUUUUAAAUAUCAGUCCAAUCCCACAAGAAUUUAGCCAUUUUCCAGAAUGGGAGCGUGAAGUGAAUGGAUUUCGUGGGUGGGUGGUCCAUUGGGUGGAUUUCAAGUUAAGAAAAUACUUCAUUGGUAAACCACCAUAUGUCUAUGGAUUUCGUAAUUACAUUAAUGUAUGAUUAAGGAUGAGGGGAACCAGGAUGUCAAGGUCACAAAAUAUAAUACAAGAGAAGAGAUGCAUGUAGAGGGACUGGUGGUCUGUCCUGUGGGCUAGCAACAUACAUGAGAACAUAAUGGGUACAGUUAAGUUAAACGCUGAAAAGUAAAGGAUACUUAACCCACAGAUGUACAUGUUUAUAAAUGAAUGUUUCAUGGUAUUUUCUUUAUUCUCCAUUCAGAGCUGUGGUGCCUGUUGGUUUCUGCAUUUGCUGUGUUUUAUUUGACAGAUUAGGCAUUUAAUGUCUACAGAACAUGUUAUUUGUCCUCGUUUUUUAUCAGUUUUGCACGUUCACAGGAAUACGUGUGUUGUCUCACGUUAUUAAAAUAUGUUGAUAUUGA